AUUAAUCCCAUGCAUGCAAGCGAGCCGCGAUGGGAUGCCCACACACACACAUGAGACGCCAUUCAAUAGGAACCCCCCUCCCCUCCCCUCCGGCGUCUUCCCUCGUCGCCAGGAAACCCUCCUCCUCCACCGUUGCAUUUGCAUACAUCCAGCAGCAGUAGCGCACCAUCUCUGAUCCUCCGUCCUUAUAUACGCGGAGCGUGCCCACCUAAUCACCUGAUACCUAGCCGCCUGCUCGUCACGUACCAUCGCCUAGCUACCUAGCUAGCUAGGCCCGAUCGAGCGAGCUGCUGCAAGCUAGGGCCGCCCGGCCGCCGGCGGUGACACCGCCAGAUCGAGAGCUCUCUCGAUCGCCGCCCGCGCGCGCCGGGCUCUAGUUAGCUUCUGCUUGUUGCGAGGCACCGGGUACGUAGUAUAUAUGGCGUCGGCGACGACAGCGGCGACGGGGGACGACGCUGUCGGGACACGGAAGGGCGGCACCGGCGGUGCAACUGCCGGCGGGGGCACGGCGCCGCAGACGCAGCAGCAGACGCCCCCGCCGCCCGAGCAGGGGCUGCGGUGCCCGCGCUGCGACUCCCCCAACACCAAGUUCUGCUACUACAACAACUACAGCCUGUCGCAGCCGCGCCACUUCUGCAAGACGUGCCGCAGGUACUGGACCAAGGGCGGCGCGCUCCGCAACGUGCCCGUCGGCGGGGGAUGCCGCAAGAACAAGCGCUCGCGCUCCGCGGCCGCCGUGGCCGUGGCCGCGGCGGCAGCGGCCUCGCGCCUCUCGCUCAACCUGCCGCCGGCGGAGGCCGCCGCCGCCGACCAGCAGCAGGCGGCGGCGAGGCUCGGCUUCCUUGGCGCCGCCCAUCAUCAUCCGGCCGUGGCGUCGUCGCCGAUUGGCGGCGCAGGCGCCCCCGCGGCCGACUACCACCACCAGCAGGCGGGCAUGAUGGCCCUGCAGCCGCGGCUCCACGGCCCCGGCGCCGUCGUCGGCCAGUACGUGCCGUUCGGGGACUGGCCGUCGUCGGGGGACGUUUCUUCUGGCGGAGGCUGCCACGCGGUGAACGGUGGCGCGGCCGCGGCGGUGAGCAUGAGCAGCAGCAUCGCGUCGUCCAUCGAGUCGCUGAGCUUCAUCAACCAGGAUCUGCACUGGAAGCUGCAGCAGCAGCGGCUGGCCACCAUGUUCCUAGGCACGCCGACGACGAGCUCCGGCGCCGCCGCGGGGGCCCAUGUCGACGGCGCCGCCGCGGCGGCAGGAGCAGCAGCACCGCAUGUAGUGGGCGGCACCUUCCUGCACAUGGCGGCGGGACCACCGCCACCGCACGGCAUGGUGGAGGCGACCACCAUGGCGCCGCCGGCGGCGACGUCGUGGUUCAUGGACAGCUCCUGCUACGUGCUCCCUUCCCCGACGACCGCGCAUCACGCUAACACCGCCGCGGCGGCCGUCGUAGCCACCAGCAACUGCAACGUCGUCAACAGCAGCGGCGGCGGCGACGACGACAACGCGACGUCGAACAACAACAACUGCGGGCCGGGGAGCGCAAUCCCGUCGUGGGGCGACAUGUCGACGUUCGCGAUGCUGCCUUGAUGAUGGCCGGCGCACCGCACCAGCAACAGGAAGAGCUCCAGUUUGGAAGAAGGGCUGAUUCCGAAGGAAUUGAGCUAGCUAGCAAAGGGGAUAUAUAUAUAUAUUUACUACUUAACUAGUAGCUGUCCAUCUCUACUAACUACAUAUUGUAUUUGUUAAUUAAUCAUUGUGUGGGUAUAUUAUAUUUAUAUUUGUCGAAAACAUUCUGAUCGGCCAUAUAGCUAGAUCCAUGUUGUCAUGGUAGCUGGUCUUUUUCUUUUCUUUUUCUCUUUACUUCAUUCUUCUUGUUCUUUUUCACUUUGUCUAUCCAUAUGCAUAUUAAUCGAUCAGCUGUCAUGCACACUCAUGCAUAUAUGUAUACCUCAUGUUGAUUA